GAAAACAUUACAUUUUGUGUCGGGUUGUCUUCCUAACAGGUCACAUGGCCAUGUAAAAUUACAUUUUUCUUCGUUUAUUAUUAAUUUUUUAGUUUUAUUAUUUAUGUUUUUUUUUACAAUACGGCAAGAUGAAUAGAAAAAGAGGAAUAUUUUUACUACCUGAAGAAAUGCAGACCACUGAAAGGUUACCAACUAAAAGGGAAUUGGCUUUGAGAGGAAAACAGCCAACAUGCCCUUUUGUCCCUGGGAAAAUCAGAAAAAGUUUGAGCCACAGACAUAGCAACAAGAAACCAACUCCAUUAUGUUUUAACAAUAAUGUGACAUUGAGCCCUAUGUAUGACCCACAAUUAAGAUUGUCUUACAUAGAUCAAGUAUUUGCCAAGUUUGAUUGUAUGGGUGAAGGAAGUUUUGGCAAAGUUUAUCGUGUACGUAGCAGAGAGGACAACAAACUUUAUGCUAUAAAAAGGCUAAAAGCUAAUAUAAGUGCAAAUGAUCGUUACGCUGAAGUUAAAAAUAAUGAAAUAAUUGGUUAUGAUCCGAAUUGUGUGCAAUACUUCAUGGCUUGGGAAGAAAACUGUGAAACAUUUAUACUACUUGAAUGUUGUGAUAUGUCAUUGGCAGACUAUUCAAAAUUAAACAAUGAUAUUCCUGAAGAAUUGUUGUGGAAUGUUCUUUACGAUAUAUGUAAAGCAAUGAACUUUUUACAUAAGAGAAAUCUGUUGCAUUUAGAUAUUAAGCCAGGAAACAUUAUGAUGAAAAGAGGCACGUACAAACUAGGAGAUUUUGGCUUACUUGUUGAUUUGCAGACUAAUGAUCAUGUUAACAAAUCAACAUUAUCAGAUGGUGAUUCAAAAUACUUAGCUAUGGAAGUACUUCAUCGCAUCUAUACAAACUCCUGUGAUGUUUUUGGUUUAGGGAUUACCUUACUAGAACUAGCCACUGACAUAGAAUUACCAGAUCAUGGGCCAUUGUGGCACCAAUUAAGAAACAAUAUUCUACCUCCAGAAUUUUAUGAAAGGGUGACAUUAGGUCUGAAGGUAAUUAUAGAAAGAAUGAUAGCAAAUGACUACCAGAAAAGACCAUCAGCAGAAAAAAUUUUGUCCUAUUCCAGUCUCAAGGAUGUUGCUAAAAGGGACAACAAAUAUCCUCGAACAGAUUUUGCUUCCCCUUAUCUAAAGGCUGAAGACAAAUAUGAAAUUGUAGCACUGCCACCACUUUCCAUCAACAACAAUGACAAUACCACAACACCUCCAUGUAGUUUAAGGUUCUCAUGUGAAGAGGAUAGUCUUUCAUCCUGGAGAAAUGAUGAUGAGAAUGAUGUUCAGUUUAGUGGAAGGAAAUCACUGUUCUCACAACUGAAUGACACAUUCUCAUCUAAUAAUAGUAGUCCCAUGACUGAAAACAGUUUAUUGGCCUGUUCUCUGAACGAAAUAUCCGUGGAAAUUGAUGCUAGCCAUUCAGAAGAUGCUAUUAAUUGUGAUCAAUUUGUAUCUAAAAAUAUCAUUACAUCGACUCCUGUCCUCAGGACAAAACAAAGUAAGAGAAUUCCUAAAGCUAAGUUAACUUUUGAUUAAAAAAUUAUAUACAAAUUUAAUUUAAUCCAGUACUUACAUUUUACCUUAUUCUGUUUUAAAAUAACCAAAAAUAAUUUACCAGUAUGUACUUUGUAUUAAUAAUACUAAUUCAUACUUUUUGCAUUUAAUAAUCUAAGAAGUUAUUCUAAAACACAAUAAGAUUAAUUAGCUUGAUCCUUUCAGAUCAAAAAAGACUGUUUUCUUCUGUAUAUGUUUAUUUAUUCGUUUUGUUCUAUUUUGUCACUCAAAAAAAUAUAUGUUUUUUUGUUAAUUGUUUUUUAAAAGCAAUU